UAAAAUUUUUUCUUUUUAUAAAAUUUUGGGUUCUUGAUUUUUGUUCUUCAAAGUUAUCAAAUAAUUUCUCCUUUUUUGUUUUUUAUUUUUGGCUCGAGAAUUUCUCUUUGUUUGGUAGUUUUUACGCUUUAUUUUGGCUCUAAUUUUCGCACAGCACUUGAUUCAGGUUCUGUGUGAAAUUGAGCCAAACUUCUUUAAAAAAAUUCCUCUGUUUAAAGCAAGUUGUGAAGCAGUUUAAUGUCCUACUUCAGCAACUAAUCGCUUGAGUAAUUGGAUCUGUAAAGCUUUAAACAAAGGAAAUAUAGUUGAGUGGGAUGGAUGUCAGUGAUCUUUUAACUUCUGCUGGAAUCAACAUAGCUAUAUGUGUUGUGCUUCUGUCACUGUAUUCCAUAUUGAGGAAACAACCAGGCAAUGCGUGCGUGUAUUUUACACGGCGGCUUGUUUCGGAACCGGUAAGGGGUACUGGUGCUAUUAGUUGCUUUGAAAGAUUUGUGCCCUCUACAGGCUGGAUUGCUAAAGCCUGGCAAGCAACCGAUGAAGAAAUAUUGGCUGUCGGCGGUGUCGAUGCUGUAGCUUUCAUGAGAAUAGUUGUUUUCAGUAUUCGGGUAUUCAUCAUUGCUGCUGUAAUUUGCCUUUUUAUAGUGCUUCCAGUAAAUUAUUAUGGACAAGAUAUGCAGCACAAGGAAAUCCAUUCAGAAUCACUUGAAGUAUUUACAAUUGGAAAUGUAAAAGAAGAUUCUAAAUGGCUUUGGGUCCAUUGUCUGGCAUUAUACCUCAUAUCCUGCUCAGCUUGUGUUCUACUUUACUUUGAGUAUAAAAAUAUCACUAAAAUGAGGUUAGCACAUAUUACUGGAUCUCCUCCCAAUCCAAGUCAUUUCACAGUUCUAGUCCGUGGUGUCCCUUGGUCCCCGGAUAAUUCAUACAGUAAUUCAGUGGAACAGUUCUUUUCAACUUAUUAUCCAGAAAGCUAUUUGUCCCAUCAGAUGGUAUAUGGAUCUUGUACAGUUGAUAAAUUAAUGAAGGAUGCAGAGAGAAUGUACAGAAUGCUAAAAUCCAUUGACCCACGGUUUCUAGACAGGUCUUUGCCAUAUUGUAUUCCUGGAGGAGCUGCACAUCCCUUUAUGGUGCUUAACCUUAGAGCAGACAGUGUUAGCAGUUCAACCAGUAUGGAUAGGCUGCAACCAAGUCAAAGAAGAAAGGAAUGUCCAGCUGCUUUUGUUUUCUUCAGGACUCGCUAUGCUGCUCUUGUUGCAGCACAAGUUCUUCAAUCAUCAAAUCCCAUGUUGUGGGUGACAGAACUUGCCCCUGAGCCACAUGAUGUUUAUUGGUCAAACCUCUCCAUACCGUACAAACAAGUUUGGCUUCGUAAAAUAACAACUCUUAUAGCUUCUGUUGUUUUUAUGUUCCUGUUUCUUCUUCCUGUUACAUUUGUGCAAGGCUUGACUCAACUAGAGCACUUAGACCAGCUAUCACGUAGAGUUCCAUUUCUUAAAGGAAUUUUAAAACAGGAGUUCAUACACCGGGUGGUAACAGGUUACUUACCAAGUGUGAUUCUAAUGUUAUUUCUUUAUGCUGUUCCACCAACUAUGAUGUUAUUUUCUGCAAUGGAGGGGAAUAUUUCACGUAGUCAGAGGAAACGGAGUGCUUGCAUCAAAGUUCUGUACUUCACAAUUUGGAAUGUUUUCUUUGUUAAUGUCCUUUCUGGAUCCAUCAUCAGGCAAUUGACUGUUUUCUCAAGUUUUAAAGAUGCACCUAAACAACUUGCCAGAGCAGUGCCAACCCAGGCUACCUUCUUCACGACUUACGUAUUAUCAUCAGGCUGGGCUAGCUUGUCCUGUGAAAUAAUGCAACCUUUCCCGCUUAUUUGCAAUUUUUUCAGAAAAUUCAUACUAAGAACCAAAGUCGAACCAUCUAGUUGUGCUCUAACCUUCCCUCACCAUACUGAAAUUCCACGGCUGCUUCUGUUUGUACACAUUGGCUUCACUUGUUCCAUUAUGGCACCCUUAAUAUUGCCCUUCUUGCUGGUUUUCUUCUUUCUCGCUUUCCUCGUCUAUCGAAACCAGAUUCUCAAUGUAUACGUACGAAAAUAUGAAAGUGGGGGAGAAUUCUGGCCUAUUGUUCACAACUCAGCAAUCUUCUCCCUAUUGUUAACACAAGUUAUCGCCCUCGGGGUCUUCGGCAUAAAACAAUCACCGGUUGCUUCUGGUUUCAUCAUUCCCCUAAUAUUACUCACUCUUCUAUUCAAUGAGUACUGUAGGCAGAGAUUUUCCCCUGUUUUCAAGAGGAGACCUGCACAAAUUCUUAUAGAGAUGGAUCAACAAGAUGAGCAAUUGGGAAGGAAAGAAGAGAUUCAUAAUCAAAUACGUUCAGCAUACUUCCAGAACCCGAUAAUAUCUCAUCAAGUGUCCAUUAAUUCCAACUUGCCGUUGUCUAGAAACACAUCACACCACCAAGGAGACGAAGAUAAUUUGCAUGGUCUCAAGUCGUUGAAACCAUUCAGGUAUUCAACAAGUUCAAUUAGAUGAACAAUAGGCUGUUGAUUGCACUUGGGAACUGAUUGAUUCAUCUCUUAUCGUCAAUGUGCCAAAAAAAGGCACCAUCAUCAUAUUGGCGGUUGCUUGCUGGGACCAGUAGCUGUAACUUGUACAUUUAUAUAGGAAACAUUUAACACCAGUAAAGAGGCAAAGAGAGACUGGAAGCAGCACAUAGGUAAUAGUUUUUUUGCUGUGGAAAAUUAAGUACUUUUUCAGUUUUAUUUUCUCAAACUUUAUGGGGCUGAGAUAAUUCAUACACAAGAUGCCCUUGUAUAUGUAUAUAACCUUAGACUUUAGUAAUUUAGGUUUUUAUACCAUCAAUUUGAAGCUAAAAUAUUGUGUAUUUUUUCCAAUUGUAUAUAUAAUAUAUGUGUCUUUAAACA